AUGGUGUCAGUUAGGCAGCAAACCUUGAGGCAAAGGUUUGAUCUUUUGCAGAUGAAAGAAGAUGAAACAAUUCAGCAUUAUAUUACAAGAGUAUUGGCUGUGGUAAACCUAAUUAGAGGCAUGGGAAGUGAGUUGAAAGAUUCUGAAGUGGUUUUGAAGGUGAUAUGGAGUUUAUCAUCAAGGUUUGUUCAUGCAGUGACUUCAAUUGAAGAAGCAAGGGAUAUGUCAAAGGUGUCUCUUGAUGAAUUGAGUGGCUCUCUUCAAGCUCAUGAGGCCAGAUUCAAUCAAUUUACUGAAAGGCCAGAGAAACAUGAAGCUUUUGUAAUGCAGGGAGGUUCAAGAAGUGAUGGAACUAAUUGGAGAGGAAGAGGUAGAUUUGGAGGGUUUAGAGGUAGAGGGAAAGCUGGUGACAAUUCUAGAUAUGGUAAUCAGAGAGCAAAUAUAAAUAGUUUAGAAGUAAAGGGUAGCUGUGUCAUUUCCUGUGUUUAA